GUUAGAGUAGUGAGACGGGGGCUUUUUUUCAAUCUAAAGCUUUUCUCUCUCUAAUAAAACAUCUAAAAUCCUAAGACAUCUUUAAGAAUUUCUUACAAAACCAUGCUGGAAGACAGUGGAUCUUGUUUUCAUCCAGAUGACUUUUUCUUCUUUCUUACUUUAAAUUGAUUGACAACAGAUGUGGAAGCUACAUCUUUGCGUUGGGUUAGUUCACCCGAAGUCACUAGAAGAGAGAGAUGACUCUCCUCAAGACUGACACUUGGAGAAACCACACUGCAUCUUCCUGGCUUAUGAAAUUCAGUUUUCUUUGUCUGCUUAGUCAGAACUGCUGUAGAGCGAGUGCUGUUUGGACUGCUUACAUGAACAUAUCAUUUCAUGUUGGGAAUCGCAUGUUGUCAGAGUUGGGAGAGACGGGAGUCUUUGGACGAGGCUCCGCUUUGAAGAGAGUGACAGGAGUGCUAGUGCCACCCGAGGGCAAAAGCCAAAAUGCAUGCGGUCUUCAUACCAGCUUCAGCAGAUCAAAGAACUCAGGGUCAUGGCUCGCGCUUAUUGAACGGGGAGGUUGUACCUUCACACAGAAAAUUAAGGUGGCAGCCGAGAGGGGAGCCAGUGGCGUGAUCAUCUAUAACUUCCCAGGCACUGGCAACCAGGUUUUCCCCAUGUCUCAUCAGGCGUUCGAAGACAUGGUCGUGGUGAUGAUCGGUAACUUAAAAGGAAUGGAAAUCUUGCAUUUAAUUCAGAAGGGAGUUCAUGUUACUGUGAUGAUCGAAGUGGGGAGGAAACACAUCAUCUGGAUGAAUCACUAUUUUGUCUCUUUUGUGAUCGUCACAACUGCCACUUUAGCAUAUUUCGUCUUUUAUCACAUUCGAAGAAUUUGGUUAACAAGGAUUCAGAGCAGAAGAUGGCAACGACUAACCACAGAUCUCAAGAAAGCAUUUAGCCAGCUCGAGCUUCGGGUAUUAAAAGAGGGGGAUGAGGAGAUAAAUCCCAACGGAGAUAGCUGUGUAGUUUGCUUUGAACUCUAUAAGCCUAAUGAUACAGUUCGUAUUCUGACUUGUAAGCACUUUUUCCACAAGAAUUGCAUUGACCCUUGGAUUCUAGCCCAUGGGACAUGCCCCAUGUGCAAAUGUGACAUUCUGAAAGCUUUGGGCAUUCAAGUGGAUGUAGAAGACGGAACAGAUUUUUUGCAAGUUCUCAUGUCGAAUGAAUUGUCUGAAACCCUCCCACAGAGGGAAGAGGAGACAAAUAAUGAACUUCCUCCUCCAAGAAUGUCAGAUAAAGUGACCCAUGUGGAGGAGCACCCUACUUCCCAGAAUAAUGACAGCCCGCCUAAUUCAGUAGUUGAAGAGGUUCAUCCUUCACUUUGACAGCAUGACCUUUGAGGAAGUGGAUUAAACCUGUUUGUCAAAUCAGGCCCUAGUACUGACAAGCAGUUUGUCUGUCUAAAGCGUGUUUUUUUGUGUCCUUUUUUUGUAACUUCAGUAAUUUUCCACAUUCU